UGUCCGUUUGGCUGCAGGGUAGCCAGGUCAGGUAUAAAGAGAUGGUUCGGAGCCUCACCAACAUCACAAACCGUCCAAAUCUUCUCACAGUCACAUCUCAAGAGAAAAACCAUUCUCUCAGGUCACACACCUCUCGGGAAGGCUCCCUGCCACACACUCUCACUCAACAUGAUGCGUCAAGUCGUCCUUGCUCUUCCCUUCGCAUUCCUCCUUCUCGCCGGCGUCAGGGCCGAAGGUGAGGUCAACAAGUCCCCCUUGGCUGAUGAGGCUACCCGUGGAGGUGGCGGUGGUGGUGGUGGGUACUCUCAACAGUACCACUACAACGCCUACCCCAGCCAUGACCCCUACGGCUACACCUACGCUGGACUCUCUUUCGACCUCUCCACCGGACUUUUCCUUGCUCUCGGAGCCAUCAUUGUCCUCCUCGCUCUCGCCGCCGUCUGCUACCCACUCUUGAGCAAGGGUUCCGGAUACGGAGGUGGUGACGGGUGGGGAUGGUCCGGCAGCAGCUAUGGAUCUUACCGAUCCCUCAACCUCGCCGGCAUGUCCGAAAAGGUCCUCAACGCCGUCGAGAAGGCUUAUGAGCUGUACAACAGCAAAAACCAAUAAUUGAUUGGAAAAUAGCCAAUAGCCAAAUUUAUUCUAAGUUCUUUCUCUAAUUCUUCGGGCUCACUUGGUCUUCAGCCGCUUUCCCUGAAAGUGUCUGGAAAUCAUCUAAACUCAGGAAUCUGCUGCUCUUGUUCCACACACAAUUACGUAAAACAAAAAAUCGGAAUCCAGUUUGAGAAGAGUAUGGUGAAAGCCAUGAUAUAAACUAAAACUCAAAAAACGAGGUGGGGAUCCCCUUUAAAAAACGACAUCAUCACAAAAAAAUACAAACAACGCGUGACAUCCAACCGUGGACGGACGUUAGUGGAAAAUGCUCAAAAUUUCUUCAACACAACUUUUGUAAAUGGUUUUCCUCCUUUGGAGAACUUUGGACUCUUAGAUUAGUUAACGGGACAAAAAAAAACAUAUUUAGGAGAUACAGUUUUGUAUACAACCUUCACACCCUUUACUUGCGUUUGCUAACCAAAGACUGACUUUAUGGACAGGUGACAAUACGUAUAUAAUAGGUAGAUUUUUACUAGGUUUACUACAUACAAGCUCACUUCAAGGGGUGAAGCGUUUUUUGCACGCACUGCGACAAAGAUAUGUACUUAUCAUUCUGUGUGCGUGUACAAAGGUGACAUUCCUGUACCCAAAGCCUACGCUUAUAUUAUAUAUAUAGAAACUACUUUUAUGAGGGAUGCUGCACCUUCGGGUGCCUUCUCAAAGCCAUGACCUCUGACUCGGGGUGUGUCCGCGUCCACGUCCUCCUCCUCCUCCUUCGGGAGGGAGGGAGGCACCGUGUGCAGCACCCCCACACACAUUGCGACGAUGACGGUGGCCACGACGAUAACGACGACGACGAUGAGGGGGACGAUUACAAAUAAAAUAAUCCAGCUGACUGCCAAAGAUUUUUAAAAAAUGAGACAAUGACGACUUGGAGUAGUAGUGACUUUCUAGUUUUUUUUGACUGUUUAUUGACACGAACUUAUAUAAGAGACGAGACGUUUUCGUGACUCAGACUUUUACCCAGUACGUAAAAAAAGAUACGGUGACUUCUUCGUCAUUUUGGACAAACCUCCCGAAUAAUCCCACCCCCAAAAUUGAAUCAAAAUUCGAAUUAUGAUAUCAUCGAAAAAUGAACAAUCAGCGUAUACACACCGCUCUUCUCUUUCUACGCCAAGCGUGCCUUUCCCAGCAGUUUUUAUUGUCCAAUGGGCUGGCUAAUUGUUGACUAAUUUGUUAAUUCAUUGUUAUUAUUUUAUUUGUUGAAUCUGUUGAUGAUAUUUAUUCCCAAAAUUUAUUUUAUUUCAAACCAAUCCAAUAAAUAUUUCAAAAUAA